CGCUCGGCUGGGCCGACCCGGCCCCUCCCCACUGGUGCCGAUGGAGGGCUUAGUUGUCCGCGGGCGCCCCCAGUGGCUGCGCGAGCGCGGAGUUCUCCACUCGGGGAGCCAGGAUUUGUGAGCGGCGCGCAAUGCUGGCAUCGCUGGCGAGGGUCUCGGCUCUGCGGAGAACCGGCCUUUUCUCCCGCCGGGGCGGCGGGACGGGGCUGUGGACCGGCCGCCCGCAGUCAGAUACUGACAAUGUGAAGCCAUUGGAGGGUGUAAAGAUUCUGGAUCUAACGAGAGUACUGGCGGGACCUUUUGCUACUAUGAAUUUAGGAGAUCUUGGAGCAGAAGUUAUAAAAGUGGAAAGACCAGGAGCUGGUGAUGAUACACGAACUUGGGGUCCACCUUUUGUGGGGACAGAAAGUACUUAUUUUCUCAGUGUUAACCGAAAUAAAAAAAGUAUAGCUGUUAAUAUCAAGGAUCCAAAAGGGGUGAAAAUCGUCAAAGAGCUUGCGGCCGUUUGCGAUGUAUUUGUAGAGAACUACGUCCCUGGCAAACUGUCUGCGAUGGGGCUGGGCUAUGAAGAUAUCGACAAGAUUGCACCUCACAUGGUCUACUGUUCCAUCACAGGGUAUGGUCAGACAGGUCCACUGUCUCAGCGAGCUGGUUAUGAUGCUAUUGCCUCUGCUGUUUCUGGUCUAAUGCAUAUCACAGGACCCGAGGAUGGAGAUCCAGUUCGUCCAGGAGUGGCCAUGACUGAUCUUGCCACUGGCCUUUAUGCCUAUGGAGCCAUUAUGACUGGAUUGAUACACAGAUAUAAAACCGGAAAAGGACUGUUCAUUGAUUGUAACCUACUGUCAUCCCAGGUGGCGUGUUUGACCCAGGUAGCUGCUAAUUAUCUUAUUGGCCAAAAGGAAGCGAAAAGGUGGGGCACAGCUCAUGGCAGUAUUGUUCCUUACCAGGCUUUUAAAACCAAGGAUGGAUAUCUUGUAGUUGGAGCAGGAAAUAACCAACAGUUUGCAGCUGUGUGCAAGAUCUUGAAUUUGCCUGAACUGAUCAAUGAUUCCAAGUACAGAAAUAACCACCUUCGGGUACAGAAUAGAAAAGAACUUAUUAAAAUAUUAUCAACACGGUUUAAGGAAGAAAUGACCAGCAAGUGGUUACAGCUCUUUGAAGGAAGUGGAGUCCCGUAUGGCCCAAUUAACAACAUGAAGAAUGUGUUUGCAGAGCCCCAGGAAGAAUGGUGACCCAGAAUGGAUGACCAAGCCCUUCAACUAGGAAAAAACUGGAUUCUGCAGAAGUAGGAUGAACACUGAAAAUAUGCUGUAGAUGUAAGCAGGGAAUAUUUUCAGGGCUGCUUUGGGAGCAGUUGAAGAACAGUCAUAAUUCACUGUUAUCAUCUUCCCAUAUCCCCUUUUAGCAGUAUUCUCCCAAAUCUUUAUUUUAGUCAUCCACUCUUAAAAUUCUAAUACACAGUUCUUGUCCCUCAGGUCUUUUUUUAUCCAAACACUUUCAAUACCUAGUCUCUGCUCAUAGUCACAUUGGGCAGAAUCUGUUAGUGAAUUAGUUCACAAAACACAGUGAUGACUCAAAGUGACUAAAUUGUGAUGUUGCUUAGGUGUAUGCUGCAAUGUAAAAAGGGAAUGCGGUUUUAAUUAAAGAAUAAAGGUCUAAUGGUAGAAAAGUUUUUACUGGGGCAUAGACUAUCACCAUCAUAUCUUACAUUCGUUCAUUUUUUCUUUCAUUCAAUAGAUCUUUAUUGAGCAUCUGUUAUAUUCGAGGCACUCUUUGAGUACUGUACUGGUUCUGCUUUAGGUGGAAGCUGAGGUGACCUGCCCUAGUCUUUGCAUAAGAAGAUCAUCACACCCCUGCUCUGCUCAGAUCCUCCCCCACUGCAAUCAGCAGAGUUUCCAAGGUUGAACAUCAACUCCCCCAAGUUACUUCUCUCAGCUCAUUUCAUACCUCUAUCCAGCAUCUUCCCUCUGCUGUAGCCCCAUUGACCCGCUUGAUGUUCUUCAAGCCAACUAAGCAAGCUCAUGUUUAGGAAUCUUGUAUUUGCUGUUCUGUUUGGAAUACUCUUUCUGGAGAUAUCCAUGGAGCUUAUUCCCUUAUUUUAUUCAGGACUCUGCUCAGAUGUCACCUCAAGAAAAAGGCUUUAUUUGAUAUGGUGUUACUCCUUAAUUCUUUGUUCCCUUUUCUUGUUUCAUUUUUUUCAUAGCACUCAUCAUCACCUGGCAUUAUAUAUAUUUAUACUGAGUGUGGCUUUUCUCUUUGCUAGCAUAUAAAUGUAAACUUCAUAAAGUCAGGUAUUUUAUUUUGUUCCCUGUAUUAUUAGCACCUAAAAGAGCCUGGGCAUAAUAUAUAUUCAAUCAAUUUGUUGAUUGUUCAAUGACUCUGCUUCCCUUGGAGCAUUUAUAAUCCAGUCUUCUUAAUCUUUGGUUUGUAUCUUUUGUCCAAAUAAACAAGGAAUAGCAUUACUAUACUGGAAGUUAUCUGUUCAGGGAAUUUAAUCAUAAGAAGUCUCUGUUACUUACCGAAGACACAACUAAUAUUAGAUCCGUGAAGUUCCUUUCCUGGAGCCCUGUUUUUAGGAUAUUUGGCCAUUGUGACUUUGGUUCAGUUCUGUUGUUAUUUUUACAUGGUGCUAAUGUGUUCCUGACAUAUUUCAGAGACCAGGCUUGUCAUUUACUUUGAGGGGUCCCAUGA